CUUCCUCCCGUUUUUAACGAGCGUAUUCAUUCAGCUAUCGUCGUCGUGUGAUAACAGAGGAAAUAUGACAAAUAAUCUAGACGAUUUUGAUAUAUCCACAAGAGUACAGAUGUGGGGUGUAUUGUGGAAGAGACCUUUCGGUCAUUCGGCAAGAAAUUGGUCGAAAAGGUUUUUCGUUGUCAAAGAAGGAUUUCUUUUAUAUUAUUCCGAAAAUGAGAAGAAGGAUUUUGAGAAGAAACGCCAUUUCAAUAUCCACCCAAAGGGUGUUAUACCGCUUGGUAAUUCUAUAAUAAGUUCUAUAGAUGAUCCACUGAGGAAUUGGUCAUUUAAAAUUGAGCAUGAAGAUUACAAUGGUGUUAUUUGUCUUGCAGCCGAUACUGAAAAUGAAAGAGAAAGAUGGGUAGAAGUACUUCGUCAGUCUGGUAGAGUAACCUGGAAGAAUGCUCAGCUUGGAGACACUAUGAUACAAACACUAGAAACACAGGGUUUACAGUUGGCCAAAGAAAGUCAAGAUUACAAAGACAGAUUACACACAGAAAUAUGUGCACUACGUGAUGAAAUGGACAGGAAUGAGGAAUUAGAAAGGAUAGCAGCUGAAUUAGAAAUAGAAAAAAAGAAAAUUGAAGAAACUGCAAAGGAAAUGCAAAAUGACCUUGAAAGGAAUAAACUGGAAUUGGAAGAGACUGUGCAAUUGAUGAAACAAGUUGAAAAUGACAAACAUAGUUUGAACAGAAAUAAUGAUAGGUUACAAGACAAUUUACAGUUGCUUGCAAAAGAAAAAGAAAAGACUUUACAAGAACUACAACACAAGGAAUUGGUCACAAAAAAAUUGUCAAGUGAAAACCAGUCACUGAGUCAAACCACAGAGUCCUUGAAAUCUACAUUGAAUAGGAUAGAGGAAAAAACCAAACAACUUGUAGAUGAAAAAAAAAAUACUGAAAAACGUUUAAAGGAAAAAGAGAGAGAGGCUAAAGCUUUAGAUGAAGAAAAGAAAUUGUAUGUUGUACAUGCACAAGAACUUCAGUCAUCAUUACAUGAUUUAACAAUACAGAAAGAAAUGACAGAUAAUGAACUAAGAGAAGAAAUCAUAGCAAGACGAGAAGCAGAGAGGAGAUUGAAAGAUGCUGAAGCUGCAUUAGCAAGAUUAGAAAUCGCUUUAGGACAGACAAGGCGUGAUAGAACAAACAGUGUGGAAGUAGAAAUUAGUCACAAUGUAGCUACACUUAAAAGAUUUUUUGAAGACAUUGCAGAAGAAGCUAAGAUUGACAUAGACAAACCAUUAAUUAUGAAAAAUGCCUUGCAUGCCAGGAAGUCUUUUAUCAGGAAAACAAGAAGUUUUAAACAUCGGAGAGCAAGAGCUAAAUCAGCUGAACCACGACUGUCUUCCAAUGCUAAGAACAGGACAGAUGAUGACAGGCGAGCAAAUAUGUCUCCCAGUAAUCAAGGAGACCAACAUGUUGCCAAUAGCAACAUCAUCAAAACUGCUCCAGUGUCUUCCAGCAGUAACAAAAGUGGCAGCAAUAUUACUUCCUCUUCAACCAGUAAAACAAAACCACAAUCUCGACAGACACAGUUGUAGGAAGGUGGCGACUAUGUCAGGAAACGAAAAGAACACAUACAAGGUGACAUGACUGAUAUGAGAGAGGCAGCAACAGCGAUAUCAAACUAUCCGUCUCUACGGAGGAGCAUGAUAGAAACAAUCAACCAUGAUGACGAUUUUGAUGACAUAUUCACUGGUGGCAUAGUAUUUGAAGAUGAUGUUUAACAGGCAUUGAUCUUGUCAUGUCACCCCUAUUGUCAGAAAAUGGAAUGAUCUUCCACUUGUGAUCGACCUACAUAUUUCUAAUAAUAGGGGUGGUUGGCUUACGUACAAUGGGGUUGGAUAUGGACUGCUCUAUUUUCUGUAACUAUUUUAACAAACCUGAAUCUUGGCCGAUAAUCCCUUAUGCAUUUACUUCACUUCCUCUUGCCUUUUUUUCUGUCACUUGACAUUCUGUAUUGGUGAAAUAUAAUUGGUUUCUUUGAAAUGAGUUUUAAUAUUUUGUUCACUAAUAACUGCAUUAGAACCAAAGAUCAAGUCUAUUUUACACCAUUUCAAGGUACCAUGUCUGCCACAUAUGUAAAUCCUGGAAA